UGAUUUAGAGGCUCUCAUUUAUUUCUGAGAUGCAAGAUGAAGAAACUUUUGUUUAGUUGCAAACCCUUGUGUUAGUUCGGGUCUGCCUUUCUGUUGUCUGUCUUGGAUUCCUUAGGUGCAUCUGGGUCUUUGCCUGUCCUGCCUUGCUGAUCAGUGUGUAAUCGGUGUCCUUUUUGUUUUCAUGAAAUAACAAUCGUUCAGUGAGCGUGAAAUUGUCCCUAGUUCUAAAGAGCUGGCUGGUCUGGGUUUCUCUAGAAUUCAGCAGUUUGUGUUAGAUUGUUUGAAGGGGACAGAACAUCGCACAUUGUUUGAGGGGGGUUGUUGGUGGCUGUGUUUUUUUGUUUUUUGUUUUGCUAACUUGCAAAUCUCUCUGGGCAUUUUAUAUCUAAAUGUACUCCAUCUGUGACCUUCAAUGCUUGAGUGCGUGUUGCAGUCCUGUGUUAGUGUGGAGUUAACAACAGAAGAAAGUAAGGGAUUUGCUGAUGGCAAUGACUUAAUUUCAGAAGCAGUAUUUUCUCAGGUGAGGCAUGAAGCAGCGCUCUGCUAGUGCUAUGUUACUGUGCAGCGAGCCCGGACUGUCUCUGUUAAAUGAGUGAUAUGCUGUACAAUCAGAACUACCUUUGCUGUUUUGUUGUGAAGUUACCCAUUGUUUAUUACCCUGCCGUUGGUCUUUUAUCAGGUGAAUGACAGUGGUAGCCUGCAGUGAGAGCAAUAAACAUAUGCAUGAAGGUGACUUUUCAGACUCUGCGAUAUCCAGUCUGAAAGAAGCAUCCAUCAGAUGCCUCAGUGAUGGGAGCAUUAGAAAUUUGGGAGAGUCCCUCUGUUUGAAAAUGCAGUGUUCACAAGCCCCUUUCUGCUCAGGAGAGAAGGGGCAGAGCAGUGAAUACAGCCUGCAGGCAGGAAACAGACAUACACUGAGCCUGGGGUCUUAAAGGGGAGGACAGGGAGGUCCAAAAUGGUUAAUGUUACUUUUUUCUGACUUAGGAAGUGUCGCUGUCCUAGUUUUCUCUGUCUCUGGUUUGUCCGUGGGGUAAAGUGCCACUGACACAAUUGAGACGUCAAACAAGUAAUUUCUGGUGAAGCCAGGGGAUGGUGUAUUCCCCGCUCUAAUUACAUCCAUCCUCUUACCUGCUUAACUGCAGUAGGUGGCUGCAUUAGAGAAGAUAAAGGUAACUAACCGACUCCGGGGUAGAGCAGUGUUGCUGCAAUUCCAGAGGCACCUCAUCCUUUCUGACACCACGUUUAUAAAUGACAAGGACGUCCGAGCCGACUAAUAGAAGGGUCUCGCUCUGGGAAUUGUGCAUGAUGAAUUACAGCCUGAAUUAGAAGGACCAGUGCUCUUUCAGUCCAAGCAAGCAGCAAGAAACCAAUUAGGGAGAAUUACUGCUUGUCAAGUGACUUCAUUGAAUGGUUUCUUCCCCAUUCUGUAACGGGGAGGGGAUUGCUUAGUGCGGCUAGAAAGCACACAAAGGAAAGCUUUUUUCAUCAAGCAUGGAGGCUGCUUUCUGAACUGCUCAGCUCACUUGGAAGUCCUGUUUCCAGCAGUCAACCCUUCCAUCCUUCCCAUUUUAGAACUGUGUUGGCUGGUCUCAGAGCGGAGUUCAGCAUAGGUCCAGAGCCGUUCCGCUGAAUCGGAAAUGCCUCAUUCUUUACUGAGGAAUCUCUUCCAUGCUGUCAGAAUAGCAAUUGUAGAGCUGAGUGCCUUUGCGGUUGCUUAUGCUCUGAGUGAGUCAUUUGCUUCUCUUCAUCCCGUACCACCACCCAUUCCAGACCAGAAGAAGUCUUGGUAACUGUCAGCGUUGAAGAAUUUGUUGCCAGUUUGAUGUUUAAAAUAAAGUUAGAGCCUUUAAAAAUGAGUGCUUGGACACUGAAUAUGUUUCUAAAGUUUCGGAAUAAAGACUCGACUGGAGGCAACGUCGCAGUCAUGGGAAAGGAUUAUUACAAGACCUUGGGGCUCCAGUCUGGAGCAAACGAAGAUGAGAUCAAGAAAGCUUAUCGGAAAAUGGCCCUGAAGUAUCACCCUGAUAAAAACAAAGACCCCAGUGCAGAGGAGAAGUUCAAGGAGAUCGCAGAGGCCUACGAUGUCCUGAGUGAUCCCAAGAAAAGGACUGUCUAUGAUCAGUAUGGGGAAGAAGGGCUCAAAACUGGAGGCGGUUCCUCUGGCGGCUCCGGCAACACUUUCCACUACACCUUCCACGGAGACCCGCACGCUACCUUUGCUUCUUUCUUCGGCGGCUCCAAUCCCUUCGACAUCUUCUUUGCCAGCAGUCGCUCCCGGGCGUUCAAUGGCUUCGAUCAGGAAGAUAUGGAUAUCGAUGACGACGAUGACCCUUUCAACGCCUUUGGACGGUUCGGCUUCAAUGGUAUCAACGGAGUCCAUCGACGGCACCCGGAGUCUCUCCACACACGAAGGAAGGUCCAGGACCCACCCAUCGUCCACGAGCUCAGGGUCUCCCUGGAAGAAAUCUACCACGGCUCUACCAAAAGGAUGAAAAUCACCCGCCGGCGGCUGAACCCUGACGGGCGAACCACGAGGACCGAGGAUAAGAUAUUGAACAUUGUCAUUAAAAGGGGGUGGAAAGAAGGAACCAAAAUCACCUUUCCCAAAGAAGGAGAUGCCACGCCAGACAACAUCCCUGCCGAUAUCGUCUUCAUUCUCAAGGACAAGCCUCACACGCAUUUCAAGCGAGACGGCACAAACGUGGUCUACACGGCUAUGAUCAGUCUUAAAGAGGCCUUGUGCGGCUGUACUGUGAACAUUCCCACUCUCGACGGGAGGGUGAUCCCUCUGCCCUGCAACGACAUCAUCAAGCCUGGCACCGUGAAGAGACUGCGAGGGGAAGGGCUGCCCUUCCCAAAGGUCCCCACCCAGCGGGGAGACUUGAUUGUAGAGUUCAAAGUCCGCUUCCCAGACAAAAUAGCUCCACAGACGAGACAGAUCCUCAAACAGCACCUGCCGUGCUCCUAGAGCCCCGGGACGUUCUGCCAGCAGCAAUACUUCUAACACACGUGCCACAGCAUCUGAGCUGCACAAAGCGGAGGUGCCCGAUCACACUCAAAUGCAAAAAACCCACGCUCCUUUCCACACGGUCCUGUUAGCCCCAGCCCUAUCGCCUGCCCUUUGUCGGUCUCUGUUAUACUCUCGCCGUGUGGGAUUCAGGAGCUCAAACUCCUGGCUAACUUCUGGCUCUCUGGGCUGGGCGCCUUUUCCUAGAGGUCUAGCUUUUCUGCCUGGCACAAGCAAGUGGGCCUGGGCUGUGGGCCCAAGGAGUUUUAUCAGCUGGUGGUUUUCACAUCGCACGCUUUGAAGUCAGCUUCCUGGCUAGAGGAUGAAUUUGCGUUUCCUGAAAAGCGCAGAGAUUCCACCCCGUGUACAUAGGACUCGGAAGGGUUAGUGUUCGCUUCACCUUUCUGAAGCUUGCUGCUGGUGGGUUCCAUUAGUACCAAGAAUCCAAACAAAUUCCAUGAGCGUGCACGGCACAGGCACGGUUUGUCUACACCAUGGCCACCACAGCGGAACUGUUUCGAACGCGGAACCACGGUACCUGGGGGCCAUGCUACUGUGCCAGGAUUACAACGGAUUAUCUUCCAUGCUGAAUGCAAACCCUGAGCUGCAAGACACCUGGUCUCAGACCCUUCUUAAAACCUAAGCGUCCCGGCUUUAUCGGUUCAGAGCAUGUAAGACAGGUGGGAAUGGAGUUGGGCCAGCAUCCUCCUAUCGGGGUGUUGUUGGCAUGCCAAAAAUGUCCGGUAGUAAAGGGAGGGCAGGGGGCCCAGGAUGCGAGCUUUCUUGUUCAGGUGUGUGGAGUUUGCAUUGCUGCUUUUAUAUAUAACCCCAUAAGGGUUUUUUCUGGAGUGGUUCAUCCCAGCUCUUUUGGGGAUCAAUUCAGCCAUAUGAACAUCACGUCUGUGAGAACGUAAUCCGUGUGUAGCAGAAGUGUAGGUGUAAAAGCAGAGUCAAGUGUGAGUGGAGCUGAGGUUUGUUUUGCUGGCGUUUGAGUUACGCUGUAGGGAUUUAGCAGCAAGAAGAUUGUGCAUGUAGAUAUUUUCCUGCAGGGCAGAUGGAAUUCAGGACGCGUUUCGGGGAGGAGCAGGAGGGAAUCUGCUUGGGUGGCUUUGUUUUUAAAUGCUGUAUUUUUUUAAACUUGGAUUUCCAUUGGGAGAAUUUUUAUAUUUCUUACCUACGUCAGCCUAUCUUGCCAAUAUCUCUGGGGCCGGGUUCUUCCGACAAUGACGCAUAUUUAACCUGCCUUUGGGCCGGUUCAGAAGCUGAUCCUCCAAAGAGGCACGGUGUUUCUAGUCAAGCAGACGGCCAUUGCCCUAGGAGUCCUCUGGACUUGAACUGAGAGGGUUUCUCUGGGCUCCUUCCCUGUGCCUAGGCCUCUGACGAGCCAGGCCUUGUCAGAGCACCUUGGGAAUCUUGCAUUGGUAAGUUUGAGCUGACUUUAAGCUAACUUGGUUUUAACUGAGGUAUUCUGGAGUGUCCAUUGAUACUCUGCUGUGGGACGUACACCCCAGUCCGCUAUGUACAGAUGUACAGUGUGUAACGUGUAGGGGGAAGGGAAUCCAGGGCAAAGACAUCGUUCUGGAGAGGGGGAAACUGUCACGCAGCGCUUAAUUUAUAAACCCGUUGGAAUGGUUACGAUGAUGCCUUGUCCCUCCGAUGUUGCGUGUUCGGUUAUAAAAACAGAAAAGCUGUUCAGAUAACCGUGCCGGGGGAGAGGAGCCGGGAGCAGCAGUCCAGGCUGGGAGCUGCUUUGUUUGUCUCAGUUUCAAUGAGAUCCUGAAUGUUUUAUAGUGGGGUCUUUUUUGUAUUUUUCUGUUCUUUUUUUUUUUUUUUGUAAUGUCAGUAUUGAGAAAAAUAAAGUAUUUUAAAAAUAAA